AUGACUGCUAGAAAUUCGAACGAUUUCGUCAAUCAAAAGAGGCUUAAAGAGGGAGCGUUCAACAAUAUAUUUUUAGCUUCCAUAUUCGAGCAUGUUGCUAGAAAAAAUCUUAAACAAAAGUAUCAAAGUUCAUUUCCAUACUGUCAUUUGUCUAUUUAUCCUGCCUGUAAUGACUUUCGAUUAAGGGGCGUUCUGAAGGAAGUAAAAGAGCAGUUGAACGCAGCAUUUAAAGAGACAGAUUUAUUUAAAGUUUAUCAAACAUGUGAUCUUUGUGGAUUUUCUAGUAAGCUCAAACAAACCCCGGAACUACUGGCACUCCGUUCAUCAAUCUAUUCGAGUGAAUUUCGUAAGUUACUUAGUGAUAUAUCUGGUUGUGGUAUUUUGAGUGAUAGAGUUGAUUGCUCGUGUAAUAUUUAUUGUCAGGGUGGACAUCUUCUCUGCCAUGAUGAUGUGAUUGGUACAAGAGCGAUUUCUUUCAUUUUGUACUUGACAGAUCCGGAAGAAACUUGGACAGAAACAGAUGGAGGUGCGCUGGAGUUAUUUGAUAAAGAAGAGGGCGAACCACUUCCAAGAACAUAUCCUAGUAAAUUUAUAUUGCCAAACUGGAAUAAAUUUGUAUUUUUUGAAGUCAAACCUGGAGAGAGUUUCCACGCAAUUCAAGAAAUUUUCGGAGAGAACAAACCUCGUAUUAGCAUUUCUGGUUGGUUUCAUCUUACAGAUUCUAAAUUCAUGCUGACAAAGCAUGCAAGUAGAGAACAGUUGAGUAACAAAGCAGACAAAAUCUUCAAUCCUACAAAUAGGAUAUCAAGAUCAAUUUAUGAGCUUUCUAAUAUAUACGAACUCAGUUCAAAGGAUAUAUCAUUUCUUUCUGGAUGGAUUAGCGCAGAGUAUCUUACAAAAGAAAAUAUUUCGGCCAUUCGAAAGAACUUUUUAUCAGAUAAGUGUGUGCAACUUCGAUGUUUUUUGAAACCAGCCAUAUCUGAGAAUAUUAAUGCUUUUCUCUUUGCGAAAAUGAGGACUGGUAAAAGUGCAGGAAGUAGCAGGAAAUCGACAAGAAACUGGAAAGUUGUUGGCCCUCCCCACAAGCAUCGUUAUUUGAAGUUAGAAAACAGAGGAAAAUACUUCCUCAACGAUGUGGAGGUGUGUUCAACUUUUUUUGAUCUUGAAGAGUUUUUAUUCAAAUCAAGUGCGUACAAUCGCUGGUUACUUGCUGUCACAGGUCAGAUAGUUUCUGAAUCAAAAUCUGCCGUCCGAAAUUUUAGGCGAGGUCAGGACUAUACGAUCGCACACCAUGAUUCGGAUUCGAAAGUUUCUCAACUUCAAUCCACGUUAUGUUUUGUUAAAGCGGAUUCAAUAAAUGAGCAUCGUGCAUGGAUGUCUGGUAAUUUUGGAGGCUUUGAGUGCUUCAUACCAACUUCACCUGAAGUUGAGGAUAUCGCCGCAACUGCUGAGGUGUAUGAUACAACAUCAAAUGAAGAGCAAUUAAUAUCAGUACAGGCAUCAUUUAAUACGCUUUCACUCGUUCAGAAUAAAGAGCAUGAUUUUUACUUCAUUAAGUAUUUGUCAAAGUUUGCCCCAAGUGAUCGCUACGAUGUUCACUUUUGUUAUAAUAUAUAG